AUGAAUGUGUCAUUCAGUGCACUUCUAAUUGAUCCUAACACUGAUUCGUCUCUAUUUAAUGCUUAUCCUCGCCGUAAUAAUAUUCAAAUUAUACAUGAUUUUAUUUGGUCUGAAUCUGCUGUACAAAAUAUCGUUGAUAAGUAUAAUGUUUCAAAACAUUUUACAAUUCUUAAACUUGACAUUGAUUCUCUAUCAGCACUUUCAAAAUUAUUGAAAUCAUUCGAUUAUAUUCUUCUUGAAGUUGAUUUCUGGGAUGUUAUUUAUAUUCAACGUGAAAUAGCUCAAUCAACUCAAAUUCAAGUACCUGCAAAUGAUCAUAUUGCAUAUCGGCAUGGUUUUCUUGAACAUUCAUGUCUAUCAUACUGCAAAGCAAAUGCAAAAUUGUACAAUAGUGAAAUAGAAAAUGCAAUUAAAAUUGCUUGGAAUGAAUCAAACUUUACAACAUUUAUGACCAAUGUUAUUGAUUUAUUUGCUCCGAUAUCAUUGAAAACAAAUGGCAAGCAUCCAUAUAUUAUUUCUCCAUAG